CACGCAUUGUUCCGUAUUUAGCAAGGAAUAAACUACCUGUACUUGAACUGAACUCUGGGGACUUCAUCUUCUCAGCAAACAUAAUCACAAGGUAUUUGUUAUGUAAAGCUGGCAAAGAUUCUGAUGAUAUAGAAGUAGAUGAAUGGAUAGAAUGGGAAGCCUCUCAAUUACAGGCUAUAUUGCAGCCUUAUUUAGUUGGCAUGGCAAGUAAAUCCAAAUGUGAUGUUGGCUUGGUAACUGGAAUUUUAAAUUACUUAAAUUCAUCUUUGAAAGGCAGUGGAUAUCUGGUGAAGGAUACACUGUCUGCUGCUGACAUCAUUGUCUGGUCUUCACUCUAUCCCCUAUUUGCUGAAAAUACAACACUUCAAUCCCAGCAUGCAUCAGUCAAUAAGUGGUUCCAAGAAUUACUCAAACAGCAAAUGUUUCAAUCAGCUGUUACUAUGGUAACCCAGGGGAAAGGUGUCAAGAUGUUUUAUGACUCCAUAGCAAUGCAACCUGUAACAAGUCCAUCAGUGGUUCAUCAUAAAAAACUACAAUCAAAAGGAAUAGUCAGUGAAGACACAGAGGUUCAAUCAAAUGAGAAAUGUACUGUGGCUAGUCCAUCAGAGGUUGCUAUGGCAACAGAUGCAUGGUAUAAUGGCUGCAAGUCAGCUCCAUUGCCGUAUAGACCCAGCCAUCCAAUAUAUCCAGUUGAAAAUAAAGAAAAUAUUCUUAUCACAAGUGCAUUGCCUUAUGUCAAUAAUGUACCACAUCUUGGUAAUAUUAUAGGAUGUGUCCUCAGUGCUGAUGCAUUUGCAAGGUGAGUGUCUGGAU